CGUGACUGGGAGGAGUCUGCCCGCCUCGGAUUUGCGCGCUGGCGGCCCGCGGCCCGGGCGGCGACCAUGGCGGAGCCCACGGUGUGCUCCUUCCUCACCAAGGUGCUGUGCGCCAACGGCGGCCGCAUGUUCCUCCAGGACCUGCGCGGCAACGUGGAGCUCUCGGAGGCGCGGCUGCGGGCCGUGCUGCGCCAGGCCGGGCCCGAGCGCUUCCUGCUGCAGGAGGUGGAGCUGCGGGAGGGCCUCUGUAUCUGUGGUUCACGGAAAUUGUUUAAAAACAAGUUGAAAGCGGCCCGCGGGCAGGAAUCUGACAGACCGUCCCCUGCCCCUGGGCCUCUGAUCAGAGCUUUGUGUUCUCCCAGGUCUACCUGCACCCUUUCCCAUGACAUCCACACGCCUGUCAACAUCCAAGUCCUGAAAAACCACGGACUUUUUGGCCUGAAUGAGGCCCAGCUUCGGAUCCUGCUUUUGCAGAACGACCCCUGCCUUUUACCAGAGGUCUGUUUACUCUACAACAAAGGUGAAGCGCUGUAUGGUUACUGCAACCUCAAGGAUAAAUGCAACAAGUUCCACGUGUGCAAGUCCUUUGUCAGGGGAGAGUGCAAACUUCAGAAAUGCAAACGGUCCCAUCAGCUCAUUCAUGCUUCGGCCCUGAAGCUGCUGCAAGACCAAGGACUGAAUAUUCCGAGUAUUGUUAAUUUUCAGAUAAUCUCUACCUACAGGCACAUGAAGCUGCACAAGAUGCUCGAAAAUAAAGAUAUUUCAGCUUCUUCUGCUGAGCAGUCACAGGGCCUUGAGGAACAAGGAGUAUGCGUAGCUGGGGCUGCAGAAGCCAGUCCUCCGGUUUCUGUCCCUGCUCAGUUGGCCAAGAAGCCGUGCGCAGGUAAACCUUAGUGGACGUCAGUGAAACAAGAAGAAGCUUGUCCAGUUGGAAGGUCUGAAAACGAAGCUUUCCGUUGAGCUUUAAUUUGUAACCAUUUAUUCAUUUAAUCGUUUAUUUGUAAUGGUCUUGAUAAGACCUACCUCCCAGGUUGUUGGAGAAUUAAAGAAGAUGGAAAAGGAGAAGAUGUCAGAUUGGGAGGAUAAAAUUGGGGAUAGGAGGUUGGGGAUGAGGUUGGACAUUGAGCGGGCAAAGAGAGGGAAAAACGUGAGUGCAGAUGGGGUCAGUCCAGGGCAGAUCCUGGAGAUGGCAGCUUCUGCCUGCAGC